AUGUCUAAGCUAAGUGAGACCCGGCUUCAACACAACACCAUGCUUAGGCAAAAAUCAAGAAACCAGUGGAUUGCGGAGGGUUCAAGCAACUCUUCUUUCUUCCAUAAUAGUAUAAGAAUUCGUAGGAGUUCAAAUACUAUUUCGGAAUUAGUUGAUAGUACAGGCCAGACUAUUUCGGAUUAUGAUCUUUUGCGUGAUCAUGUGGUGCAAUUCUGUGCAGAUAAGUUUAAUGGCAUUGAAUCUACUAUUGAUGAUAGUUUAUUCAAUUAUGAUCAUGUUAGUAUCUCGGAGGAAGAAAGUCUUGCCAUGGAUAGAAUUCCUACUUCUGAAGAAAUCAAACAAGCCGUUGUUGAUUUAAGAGCUGAUAGUGCUCCUGGUCCGGAUGGUUUUCUGAUUCUUGCUACUAGACUUGGUAGUGUUUUGGAUAAUCUUGUUUCUGAGGAACAAGUAGUUUUUAUGAAGGGUCGUAAUAUCCAUGAGAACAUUAGUCUGGCUUCUGAAAUGGUUAAUGAACUGCACAUCAAAACAAAGGAUGGUAAUAUUGGCCUAAAACUUGAUAUCUCCCAAGCUUUUGACACGGUGAGUUGGUCUUUUAUCUUGGAAGUUUUUCGUCGUUACGGUUUCUCUGAUAAGUGGUGUGAUUGGAUUCUUAACAUAUUGAAUUCUGCUAGAAUCUCUAUUCUUUUGAAUGGCAGUCCGGAGGGUUAUUUCAAAAUUGUUAGAGGUUUACGUCAAGGAGACCCCCUUUCUCCUUUGAUUUUCUUACUUAUUGAGGAUGUGCUUAGCAGAAAUAUUUCGAAGCUUUUUCUUGAAAAAAAGAUGUCCCAUAUGGUUACAAGAGGUGGUAUCUCUCCUACUCACCUUUUCUUUGAUGAUGACAUUAUGAUGUUUUGUAAAGGUAACCUUAAGAGUCUUCAAAAUCUCGUAGACUUGUUGGGUAGAUAUCAAGUUGCUUCUGGCCAAACUGUUUGUAGGCAAAAAAGCAAGAUAUAUUAUGGUGGGGGCUCUUUAAGUAGAAGAAAUUAUCUUGCUGACUAUUUGGGUAUGAGUGUUGCCACUUUUACUGACCGUUAUUUGGGGGUUCAAAUUAUGCCUAGAACUGUUAGAUAUCAUCACAUUUCGGGAGUUGUUGAGAAGAUAAAAGAUCAACUUGCUGGUUGGAAAGGUUUCUUAUUAUCUUUUCAUGACCGUUUAGUGCUUGUUAAAUCUGUUAUUGCUAGUUACUCUAUUCACAACAUGGUCAUUUAUAAAUGGCCUAGUAAAUUCAUUUUACAGUGUGAAAGAGCAAUUAGAAAUUUUAUUUGGACGGGAGACUCUAAUGUUAGUCGAGUUGUUGUUGUUGCUUAUGAUAAGGUCUGUUUCCCUUUUGAGGAGGGGGUUCUGGGAUUAACUCGUUUGGAAACUAUGAAUACUGCUCUUCUUAUGAAACUUUGGUGGAAAAUUCGCACUUCAAAAAAGAAAUGGGCUGGCUUUCUUCGUGCGAAAUGUUUUAAUAGAAAUGGUUGCAUUAAAUUGAAAGGUCUGAAGUCUUCAAUUCUUCCGGGUAUUAGAAAUGUGUAUAAGACUGUGGAGUCUAAUACUAAGGUGCUUAUUGGUGAUGGUAGAGAUACUUCACUGUAUUACGAUGCAUGGUUCUUAGAAAGGUGCUUUGCAAACAUUCUAAAUGAUUAUACCCUGGAUAGAACGGUUUUGGUAAGUGCAAUUUUAAUCGAUGGGCAUUGGGACAUUCCUGUGGAGCACUUAUCUCGCAUGACAGCUGGGGGUUUUGAUAGUACCCAUUUUCCUACGACGCUGAAUGGUGCAGAUACGAGAAUUUGGAAGCCGUACCUUCAUGGAAACUUCACUGUCAGCUCUGCCAAGGAGAUUAUUCGGCAGAAAUAUCCUAAGUUUGAUGGCACUACUCUUUUAUGGAGGAAGGAAGUUCACCCAACCUUAGCUGCGCAUAAUUGGAAGUUUCUUCGUGGUGCUUGUGCUACGUAUGACGUUAUUCAGAAGAGGUUUAAAAUAAACCUUGCAAACCGUUGUUGCCUCUGUGGAGUGGAAGAUGAAAGUCUGGAACAUGUCCUUUUCUAUUGCUCGUUUGCUGGUCGUGCUUGGAAUUGGAUCGCUGAUAUUUUUAAUUUAGUUCCUAAUGCUAACCUUGUUCUGUCUUGUAAAGCAACAAAUGGAAGAAGUGGGAUGAUACGUGAUCUGUGGCUUAUUGACAAUCUUGUCAUCAGAUCAGAAAUCUGGGCGAUGCGCAAUAAGGCUGUCUUUCAGCGUCAGCAGCCUAAUUGGGGUAUAUUCUUCAAACGGGUUCUGAAGUUGAUUCAAGACUUUGCUGCCAGGCUAAAGGGUUUCAUGCACAACUGUGCUGAGGACGUUAUUAUUCUGUACUAUUUCCGAGUGAAUUAUAGAAGGGUAAAGCUUCACCAACCGUUAGAAUGCUUUUGGGAACCUCCGGAGAUAAAAGAGAUUCAAAUUUGA